GAAUAGAUGUAAACGACAUAUUUGAUCACAUCGAUACAUUAGGAGAACAUAUAACAGAGACCCAAAAACAUUGUACCCCCUCAUGUCAAAUAGAACCAGAGAUACUUUCCUUAACUAACAAAUUUAAUAAUGUCAAAACACUAGGAACACAUUUGAAAUUAUUAACUCGUUCUAGAGUUAAGAGAGGAUUGAUAAACGCUAUAGGCUCAAUUAGCAAAACACUUUUCGGAACUUUAGAUUCUGACGAUUUACAAUUAAUAAACCAGAAUAUUGACAAACUAUUAAGUGAAGGAAAUGAAUUAAAAACCAUUGUAGCUAACCAAACUGCUCUAAUUAGGAAAAUCUUAAACAUUGACAGUGUAAAACAAUUUGAAAAAGUAAACGCAGUAAAGAAGCAGGAGCUUCUAGUAAUUAAGAUUAUUUCUAUGGAAAGUGCUUUGUCGGAUCUACAUUUUCAACUCGAUGAAAUACUCAAUUUGGUUUUACUAGGAAAACAAGGAAUUGUUAGCCCCCAGAUCAUGGAUCAUCACACUUUCUUAGAACAAUACGCUAAAGCUUUAGAAAGGCAGAUUAUGAAUAAAAAAUUUUUACCAGAAGAAAAUAAUUUCCAAAACAUUUUAGACGUCUCUACACUCACACUGUUUGUCCAAAAUGAAAAGAUCUUCUUUAAAAUUUCAAUUCCAAUGAUAAUUGACUCAGAAUGGGAAAUAGAACAGGUAUACCCCAUACCGACUCAAAAGAACGGAGCAUUUCUCGCCCCAUUAGUCGAACAUCCAAUAUUUUUCACUUCAGGAUUAACUUAUAUGAAUGUAGAUCAGAUGUAUUUGGACAAGCAAUGUCGAAUCAAACACGAAUUUUAUAUUUGUAAACAAACUCAACCUAUAAAUGAUAGACGUUCAAAACACGAUUGCGCAUCUGAAAUAAUUAGUGUAGACAAUACCAUGAGAUUCUGUAAAUUCGCGGUCUAUAAGAUCGUAGAAAUAACUUUUAUACCACUCAAGAGCGAAAAUCACUACAUAGCUAUACCAGAAAAACCAAUAGAACUCAAUAUAUUCUCUAAAGAAGGACAUCAAAUUGUUAAACUGAAGCAACCCGCUCUGUUAAAAACUAAAGUAACUGUAGACAUAUUGUAUGGAGACGACCAUAUGAGAAUCAGUGGUAACCCCAAGAGCGUUUUUUAUAAUAUUAAGACCAAAAUUAUAAAUAUAACUAGUAAUGUAGACUUAUCCUUAAUGCUUGACACUUUAGAAAAAACUCCUGAAGUAAUGAGCAAUCUAAACGAUUAUACUAAUACCCUGAAUCAAAUAGAAAAUAAAGCCAAUCAAUUAACUUUUUCGCACAGAAUGACACGAAUUAAAACUUGGGGCCUCACUACGUUGCAGAUAAUACGAUAUAUAUCCAUUGGACUCAUAUGCUUGUAUCUGCUCAAUAAGAUAGGACUGUCAAAAUUAUGUAUUCACAUGUUUUGUUGUAAAAUUAAGAAAAACAUCGUUAAUAAUACACCUAAUAUUAAUACUGCAACAACCGCCGUCCCUAUAAACAUUUACGCACCGAUAUCACCUUUGCAACGUGGAACAGAAAAGAAAUCAAGA